CGAGUCCAGCUGCUUAGUACAUCUCAGCAGGGUUACCGUUUAGAACAAUUAUUCACUUCAUCUCGAAGUCAUGAUGUUGGUUCUCAGACGGACAGUAUUGAAACAUUGGCUGCAGCGUCUCCAAAGACACGUUCAAUUGGCACACAGCUGUCUUGGGGUACAUUGAUGGAAAGGCACGUUCGGAGCAAAGAUGUAGGUACUGAAGCUGCUCCCAGUUUCAUUUCUUCAUCUCCCAUCAAAGCCGCUUCUUUCACACCACGCAAAAGGGCUUGUCUUGAGUUGGAUGAAGAAGAGGAAGAAACAGUUUACGACAAUUCCAUGAAUAACCCAGAUGAAUCAGUUGUUACAGAGGAGUCAGACUUAUGGCAGCAGACCGCAAGCAAUGUCUCAAAAUACAUUGUUUUUGAAAGCUGCCUCCGAGAGUUAUUUGACACAUGCCCAAUUUGCAAAACAAAGUGCCAUGUGCACUUUCGACGAAUGGGCACCUAUGUGUCAUACACCCAGCUUUGCCCAAAGUGCAGUUAUUACAGAAAGUGGGAGAGUCAGCCUGUCAUUGGAAGUACCCCUGUUGGAAACCUACUGGUGUCCGCAGCUAUUUGCUUUAAUGGUGCAUCCUACUUUAAAUUCAAAAAGAUUUGCAACUCCAUGCAGCUUCGGAUCAUACACUAUGAUUCAUUUAGGAGACAUACUAGGAACUACCUAGAGCCUGCUAUUGUGCACAAGUGGAAUGUGGAUCAGAACAAACUUUUCAGGAAGUUGCAAGAAGGGAGAAAAGUUGCAGUUGCUGGAGAAAUGAGGGCUGUUUCAACAGGGGACACCGCAAAGUUCGGCAGCUACACCUUGAUGCACCUGGACAGCAAUACUAUUCUUGACAUGCAGCUUGUUCAUUGCAACAAGGUAGGUGGUAGCUACCACAUGGAGAAGGAGGGCUUGAAGCGUUGUCUAGACCAUCUGGACUCUAAUGGUUUAGCUGUGGAAUACAUCAUAACGGGUCGUCAUCCAAAGAUCCAGAAGUUUCUUAGAGAGUGCAACAUCGUACAGUUCUACGAUGUGUGGCACUUCGAAAAAGGUUUGUCUAAAAAGUUGGACAAACUUUCGCAAAAAAAGGGGUGUGAGAUAUUGAAGAAGUGGGUGCCCAGCAUCAAGAAUCACGUAUAUUGGAGUGCUAUGUCGUCUACAUCUGGUCCAGAGAAGGUGGCAAAAUAUACUUCGAUCCUCAACCACAUCCAAAAUAUACACAUUCAUGAGAACCCUGUAUUCCCAAAAUGUGUACACGCAGACAAACAGACUAUAGAUCCCAGAAAAUGGUUCCAAUCAGGGUCAAUGCCUCUCUACAAAGUAGAAAAGAUCAUGAACAAUAAGCGAGUCCUGAAGGAUGUGGAAAACCUCAGUCACCAUUACCAGACUUCUUCACUAGAAGCCUUUCACAGUGUGCUCCUGCGUUUUGCCCCUAAGAAUGUUGUUUUUCCUUUCAUUGGAAUGUUGUGCAGGUUGUACCUUGCAGCAAUGCACUACAAUGAAAAUGGAGACCGUGAACAGGCAGUAACAACGCCAGGACAAGCAAUGUACAAAAUUGUUUUCCCCAAGUCAAAGAAGGGUGAAGCCACUGCAAAGCCACAAAAAACAGCCCCUUCAUAUGACUAUGAAACUGAGUUGAUGAAGCUCGUCUUUGAGGAGGUGUUUGCAGACCCUGCACCAUUUGUGGAGAAGGUGAAACAAAUCCCCUUUCCUGCACCCCUGUCCUCUCCGUUUGAAAGACCUUUGAAGGAGGAAGUUGUUCACCCGCAAAUGUCACGCUUCAGUCGAGGGGCGGUCAGAAGCCAACAAACUGUCCAUCCGAAUGCGUAGUACAACGCAGGACGAGAGAACAACUCUGAGGUUCUGUCCUAAAUGGCACCAGCUUACAAAGCUUCAAUAGACGAGAUAUCUGUACUGCCUUUAAAGACGGAUGUUACCGUUAUAACAUUUUACAAUUUCCUCCAAAAUGUGUACAUAUUUACAUCUGUAUGACUUAUUUUUAUAAACAAAUAUUUUGAUGAAAAAUCUUCGGUUAAUUUUAUUUAAAAGAAAUACUGGUGUGUAAAAAGCAAAUGCAAGAAAAUGACUUUUCCCUUUUGUA